AUGAUGAUCAGAGAACUCAUUGUUUAUACAUACACAUAUGAAAAUUCAAAGAAAUUAAUAGUACAUCAUCAUCAAAAAGAAGAAGAAACUUGUUUAUAUUUUCAAUUAUUUAUACUUAGUACACCAGUUGCAACUUCAUCCCCUCCUUCUUCAGUUAGUCAAUCUUAUUUUCAUUUCAAGAAGAUGAAAAUUAAAGUUGAGUUUUUAAAUGGCAAUGAACAUAGACCAUCGAAUCACCAAUCGUGUCAAUCGGUGAGUCAUAUUUUCGACGGUGACACGGCCGUCAAGGAUCAUAUCAAGGUGUUGUUGACACACUUUAAAAUACCCAUUGAAAAGGUCAACAGCUAUGCGUUGCAGAACCCACUGUCGCUACAGUACAUUGAAGAUGCAUUUUUGACGCCUGAGCGUCUGGUAGAGGCCGAGCGCGGUGGAUUUAUCUUGCGUAUGCGUCCACAAGCCAUUGCACAACGAGUCAUUGAAAACUUGAAAUCCAACUCUCCCGAGUCACCCACCACCAAAGACAUCAUAUUCAACAUACGUUACCAACUCAAAGACGUAGAGUAUGUCGAGGAAUUUAUCUCCAAGGGUGGUAUCAACAUUUUGCUCGAUAUUAUCACCAAGAGUCAUGGAAACACACAGAGCUAUGCCUUGACGGCACUAAGAUGUUUCAUGGGCUACCACAGCGGUCUUGACGAGGUGAUGAGCCGUCCACAGCUAAUCGAUCGUCUCUACAGUCUCACAGCAUCGACUGUCUUGGCGAGUGUGUGUAGACAGUCUCUUGAACUACUGUUUGUAGUCUGCAACUUUGACGGCUACUCUUUGGUACAUCGUGCAGCCAAGAAUGCAGCUGUUGCCGACCAAUCGUUACCAUACCAAUCACUCAUCUCGCUGCUCACCAGCGGUGAUAUGGAAACACAGUUAAACACCCUAACAUUGCUCAACUGUCUGCUCGAGAAUGCACCCAAUCCCCGUAAAGUCAGAAAACUCCUAUCCGGCUGGAAAGCAUUGGGUAUCGUCAAGAUACUCAAGGCACAAGACCACGUCACUCACUCUGACUUUAAAACACAACUCGCUCGGUUCCAGACCAUGGCUGGUAUCGGUCUCGACGGCAACCGUCGUCGUAAUGAACUCACCCGUCAACACUCUCAACAAGACCUUGAAAUGAUACUACUCCACUACCAAGAACAACAACCCCUCAUUAAAUUGUUGAGUAAUGAACUACGAUUCCUUAGAAAUGCAGUUAAAUCUGCUAUUGAAAAUGGCAGCUACAUUAAUUAUAGAGCACCAACUGAAAGAUACGAUGAAUAUAUAUUAAGAAAGAAUGAAAUUAUUGGUGAAGGUCCUAUUAAUAUAUCAUUCCUAAAGAGAAGUGAUAAAUUUACAAGUGCAUUUAGAAAAUCAAUGUAUGUUAGAUCACCAAAUACAUCGGUAUUAUUUGAUCAGACUACAUUGGAGGAAGCAGAUGACGAUGAUGAAGAUGACAUUGAAAUAAAGUCACCAUCAAAGUUGGGUGUUGGUUCGGCUACACGUGAUGGAAUUGCCAUGUUGUCUCCAAUAUCUAGUUCAAAGACACCUACAUCGCCUCAUUCACCAACGACUACCAGUGGUGCUAUCCCAAUGGCACUUCAACUGCCAACUAUAUCCGAACAAACCAAUAAUAGCAGUCAGCCAUCCACCCCCACUGCAACAUCCACUCCCACUGCUGCACUUCCCUUUAGCACAUCGACUCCAACCAACUCGGCAAGCAAUCUCUCGAAUAUAUCUACAUCGGCUGCAUUACCUCCAUUGGGUACUACACCCCAACAACAACAACAACUACCACUGUCGUCCACUCCAACACCCACUACCUCUACUCCAUUGGCCAAGCCAAUCACUAGUAAUGGUACAUUUAACCUGUUUGAUGUUACCAACAGUAGUAGUAUUAGCAGCAGUACUACUACCACUGCCAACACCAACUCACCACAACCAACCACUAAAAAGAGUCGUCAACCAACCAAACCAGUCAUCGCACCAAAGAAACGUAUGAAACCACUUUAUUGGAACCGUUAUAUUAUCCACGGAUCAAGAAAGACUAUUUGGGACGGUCUUCCCCAAGUGUCGUUUGACGAGGACCAGUUUAUGGACUUGUUCUCAUUGUACACUGAAAAGUUGAUUGCUGUAGGGUCGUCGCCAUCGGUACCGGGCAAGAAACCAGUGCAAAAGGUGGUCAGUCUGUUGAGCCAAAAACGUAGCAACACCAUCUCGAUCAUGUGCAGUAAACUACCGUCAGACGAGAACUUGAUCCGCGCAAUACGUGAGAUGGAUACAACCAAGCUGACACUCGAGCAGGUGACAUCACUCUACAACAACAUCCCGACACCCGAGGAGAUGGCUGCCAUCCAAGAGCUGUCAGACGACGUUGUGCUAGACAAGCCCGAACGUUGGUGUCUGAUGAUUGAUGGUUUCCCCAAGGUCAAGCAGAGACUCAAGACAUGGGAGUUUAUGCUCAAGUUUGACUCGAUGUUUAAGGCAGUUUACGACUCGAUGAUGACCAUCUCCAACGCAUCAAACGAGAUUCGUGAGAGUGAGAGUGUCGCCUACCUCUUUUCGAUCCUACUGUCACUUGGCAACUACCUCAAUGGCGGUAACCAGUUUAGAGGACAAGCAGAUGGUUUCAACCUCGAUGUUGUCUACAAGAUCCUCGAGAUCAAGGAUAACCAUGGCGGUGGCUCUUUAAUGGACUUUGCCAUCAAGAUGCUUAUUACCAACUUUCCAAAGUUUGCCAACCUCCCCUUGGAAAUCCCAAGUGUUCCCAGUGCAUCCCUUCUCAAUCUAGUUGAUGUUGCCAACCAGCUCAACAAGCUAGUCGACCAGUUUGACCAGCUGUGCACCGAUGUCAACGAUAUUGUCAACACGACCGACUCGGAAGACCCCUACAUUAUCAUCGUACCCAAGUUUAUGAACCACGCCUACACAAGUCUGAGAUCGGUCCGUGCGCAUAUUGUCGAGACUGCCAAACUGUUUAAUGAACUGGUCGAGUUUUUUAUGCCCAACAUUAGCAGUAAUCCAAUGGCACUACCCGUCUCACCCAUCACUACUUCUCCAUCAAAUUCAAACAAUAAUAUUGUUCAACCAAUUAAUCAACCUUCUUCCUCCUCGUCUACUCAACCAAUUAAUAAUAAUCAAUCAUCUGCAAAUACAACUCCAUUAUUAAAUAAUAGUGGAAAUACAGUAUCCAACACCACCAAUAACAACAACAAUAAUAAUAAUCAAUUAUACAAAUAUAGUACUGAAAAGUUCUUUACUGUAUUUUCAACCAUCAUUACUGCGUUCAAAAAAUCACCAUCAAAGAGAUUAAGUCAAAAAGGAUUUGGUCUUAAAAUAUCCGAUUCUGAAGAUCCAAUGGCUACAAUCAUUGAAUCAUUAAAGAAAAAUACAAAUAUUGAAGUAAAUAGAAGAUAA